CAGAUGUGACUCAGUCCUCUGUGUAUAAGAGUAAUAAUAAAACAGAUCCAACACACUGCAUCGGUGUGUCUGAUGUCUCUAGCCGCACUCUCUCCGUCAUAAGACAAACUGCUUCCUGCGGCUGUCAGCAGCUCUCUGAUGCGGCCAGGCAGCAUCCUCUCUCCGGAGUCCAGUCGUGAAUGAGGAGGGCCGGUGGCCGACUGGGAGGGGUCCUUUGAUUUAAAGGCUGCCUCCUCCUGGAUGGAGUCCGGCUGUGUGCAGGCAGCGAUGGCCACGGGAGAUGUCUCGAAAAAAGCGUCGGCUCGGAACGUGGCGGUGGAGCGAAAAAACCUCAUCACCGUCUGCAGGUUUUCAGUAAAGACGCUUUUAGAGAAAUACACUGCCGAGCCCAUAGAUGAUUCAUCUGAGGAGUUCAUCAAUUUCGCAGCCAUCCUUGAACACAUCCUCAGCCACCGUUUCAAAGGAUCUGGCAGCUGGUUUGAUGGUCAGAGGAGUUACUGGGACUAUAUCCGUCUGGCCUGUGCCAAAGUUCCCAACAGCUGCAUCAGCAGCAUCGAGAGCAUGGAAAACAUCAGCACCUCACGAGCUAAGGGGCGAGCCUGGAUGAGAGUUGCGCUGAUGGAGAAAAGGCUGUCUGAAUACAUCGCCACAGCUCUGAGGGACAGCAGAACAACCAGGAGGUUCUAUGCAGAAGGAGCCAUCCUGUUAAGAGAAGAAGCCACGGUCCUAACAGGGAUGCUUAUAGGCCUUGGCGCCAUAGAUUUUAGUUUUUGUCUGAAAGGGGAGGCAUUGGAUGGGAAAUCUUCUGCUGUGAUAGACUACACACCGUACUUAAAGUUCACACAAAGCUAUGACUACCUGAGCGACGAUGACGAUCGACAGAGUGUUGACAGCAGUACAAGUGAUGACAGCUUCCCCGAACACCCGUACAUCCCUCUGGUCACUGACGAGGAGAGCUGGAGCACAAAAUGUCGCAAGAUGGAGCAGAGGUUCAAGAUCGUCAAUGCUCAGAAGGGUUACCUGGAGGAGCUUGUGCGUCUGCGUGAGUCCCAGCUGAAGAAUGCUGAAACAGAGAACAAGAGGCUAAAGGCGCGACUGGAGGAGCUGCACAGCUACGGUCUGCAGGAGAAGAAGGAACUGGAGUCCAUAGUCCUGGAGCUUCAGGAACAACUGACAAGCUUGAUUCCAUGUGACUCCAACCACCUGUCCAAAAACCUGUCAAUCCCUUUGGUCAACCAGUGGCCAACACUCCAGCCAUACAACAACCAAGAUGACGACGUCAAGCUGUUCCGCAGGAGGAGUUUUCCCAGCACAGAGCUGCUGUCAGUGGAGAUCAGCCUGGAUUCAGACUCCCAGAGGAUGGAGGGGAAACAGAAUGGAGGAGCCUGGUGCACAGAAAAGGACUACACCCCCUCCAUGAUGGGCCUGUGUGGGUCCUUGGCCUCUCUCCCAAGCUGCAAGUCCCUGGCUAGCCUCAAGUCCAGCGAGUGCCUGGUCAAUAUCAGCACAGAGAAUAGUCCUGCCCUCUCUCCCAGCUAGGGGGAGCCAAAGAAACACUGCCAACCACUUAACAGACACUGAAACAAUUCAACAUGAAUACGAAAAGACUACUUUUGGUAGGUGGACCAAUGCUGUCUUGUGUGGCCCUUACGUGAGUCCCUUUACCUUUAAGCUCUGAGCCCAGCACACUCACAGCUUACACCUUUUAAGUGAAAGAGUAGCCUCCGUGUCUCAGACUGCCCAACAAAAAUGCAGGAAUAGCUGCUGUACUGCCUGACGGCCUCCUUUAGUUUCAUUGUCUUUAAAUGUAUUGACAUGAUUAAGUCUCCUGAAAUGCAAACAACAGGUUCAAGUUUGACCUCUCUUACAUCCACAAUGCUUAAUUUUAUGCACUUGAAGUCAUGGAUCUGUAUGUCAAAACUCGUUGUAGGGCUGUUAUGUAUGUACUUGUCCAUUUGUCUGUGUCUUAUCAGUCUGUCAGUGUAUCUUACUCUGCUUAUUGCAUAAUACUGUCAGUGCAGGAUGGAUGACCUGUUUUAACUUUUUGGGAAAAAGAAACAACGUUUUUGACAUAUUAUAUUACACUAUUAUAAGAGAGAUAAAAAAAGAGAGGCUUAUAAUGUGCUGAGUAAAAGCGGUCAGACUGUUUUAUGAUGAAGAUUAUUUAAAAAUUUACAGGUGCAUCUUCAUGAUGCUAGGACAAACAACAGUUUAGACCUUAUUAAAUCAAACAGUAGGUUAGACACAGAUUUUAGAUUUUAACAUGCAAGAUCUGUCAGGCUAAAGAGGUUUGCAGAGCCAUUACAAUGUGAACAUAAAAAAACAGACCGAAUAUCUAUUGCAUACAAAUGCAAAAUGCAUUGUGACUAUGCAGAAUGAAUGUUUUCAUUGUCUUUUUCUACAAACCUGGCUUGAUAGAGUAGUUCAAGAGGGAGAGAAAUAGUGAAUGUGCAACGUGCGUAUGCGUGUCAUUUGAUUGUUUACUGUCAUUUUCUCCCCUAUGAUCUCCUCUUUUUAUAUUCAUUUCAUGGCAUACUUACCUCUAUUGUUUACCAUCAUGUAAUCUGCAAUCUCAUGCAAUGUUGUUGAAAGGGAUAUGUUGUGUUAUUUAAAAUUGCAAUAAAAAUGCCUCUUCUUUUUUUUUUUUUGUUUUGAAACAUUAAA